CUGAGUUCGUUUACAGAUCCGUCUGCGUUGGAGCUUCGCAAUUUGAUUCAGCUGCACGGGGGAGAAUAUCACUGCUAUUACGAAUACGGCGUUACUACCUAUGUCAUAGCGACUUCUUUAGCGAAUGUCAAGGUGCAGAAAACACGACAGAACGAAAAGUUCGUAAAACCCGAAUGGAUUGUGGACUGUGUUGCUGCUGGGAAGUUGCUCGAUGUGGAGAAUUAUAUCUUACUACCUACCCAGGAGAAAAAGUCAAUAGCAGCAGUGUUUAAUAAACAAACGGAAGCUAAAGAAACAAGGGCAUCGGCCCCUAUUCUCGAUGCACGCGACCCGAAGUUUUUGGAGGAGUUCUAUGCAAGGUGA